AUGGACGGCUCUUAUGAUUCUCAAGAGUCUGCUCAGGAAUCUAAAGGCAGCGAUUCCGACCGCUCUAAUUUAAACUCACUACCUGACAAUUUUACAGGUUCGAUAACAGAUAAAUCCGAUCAAAUAUCUAAUGCGGGACAGUUAAAUUCAGAAAAUGUUUUAGAAGACACCGUUAAGUCAGAGCUUGAACAUUCGGUCUCUCGACCUAAUGUUGAAGCAAGCAACAAGUUAAAUCUAAUAGAUUCUCAGCAGGAAACACCCCAACCCAAGGACAAUGAAGUUACAGAUAUAAACUUAACAACAGCGCAACAAGUAAUGUCACAUGUUUUUACAGAAACGCGAAAUGCUACAGAAGAACAUUAUUCAGAUGAAUCCGAACAAUUUGAAGAUGAUGAACAUUUAGGUUCUUCAGAAAAUCGGUAUGAGCAAGACCAGUUGUUCUUUGUGCAACAUCCGGAUGACGGAGAAGAUAGCGAUUACAUGGUAAAGUCCAUAAAUACCAAUUCAGGGUCCGAAAAUUCAUUGAACAUGGGUGAUGAUUCCGGUGUGACAAUAAUUACAGCCGAAGAUAUUUACACGCCACCGUCGCCCUCGCAAAAUUCAGAAGUCAGCAUGGAGUCGUUACCUACUGGUGAUGUGUCGGAUUCUUAUGUGCUUGCAAAUAUUUCUCCUACCAAUUCGUUUCACGAAGGAAUAGAAGCUGAAGGAUCUACGCUAUAUUCAUCUGGUGACUCUCAGUCACAAAUUCUCGCGCCCCUGAGUAUUAGUCACGAUGGAUACGAAGAUGAUGAAGGUAGAACUUAUUUAACUCCUAUACUAUCACGUUCUGAUGCUAUGGAUGUACCUAUGAGUCCUACAAUUUCUUCAAUUUAUGCACAUUCAGAACACUCGGAAAGAAUACCGUCAUUGUUAAAUUCUAACAUAGUGAGCAUACCCGAUAUCUUCCUCAGGCAUCCACAGAUUAACAACAGCAGGGGUGAUAUUGACUUUCAACAGGACUUUAGCAUAUUGACCAUUAUACACCAACAGAUGUUGAUUCCAUUUAUUCAUGGAUUCAGUUGGGCAUUUGGUAUACACCUCUAUCGAUAUUUUAGACAUGGAUUUUCCCUCAGAGAACUAUGGCGAUCUUCAUUUGCAGGAAUCACAGGAAGGAGCAAUAACAUUCAAAAUAGAAAAUGA